GGGCGGGGUGGGGCCGGCUCUGGAUGGGGUUUGCCGGGUGACAUUGUGCGGACGCCACGCGCGGCUGCUCCUCGGGUGCCGACGCCGGGGACAUUUCACGCAAGAAAAGUCUCCUCCUUUUUUUUCGGGUGGGGAGGGUGCGGGGGCUGGUUUCCUGGGUUGCAGCUGAGGUUGUUUCGUCUUCAAACACCCCCCCCCAUCCUCCUGGUUCACCCCAUCUACGGGGCCAGGUUACAGCCCCCUUUUGUGGGUUCGCAUUCAUGCAAUUGGUGGAUUUUUUUUUUUUAAGCCCACGAGGCUGCUACUUAUCUGCAUUGACUAGUCUGGCAGCCAGCUUCACUUGCUCCUUGCUCGCGGCGCUCCCGGCUGUGCCUGCCGCCUCGCCUCGGGCUGGGCAUCGCGGGACCCCGCCAGGCUUCGCGGGCCACUGCUGCGCGCUCCCUCGGUCCUCGCUGCCAGGCUGCCCGAGGCAUCUCUGUCUCCCGAGACUUCACAGCCUUUCCUCUGUAGCUUGGCCCUUGACGCUUUGGGGCACCUGUUGUGGGCAGGGAAAGCAGAGAUGAAGGUGCUAGGACAUAAGAUAGAAUUGUUAACAGGGCUGCUGCUCCAGGAAGUCACCAUGGCAGGGCUCCACGAGCUUCGAUUCACCGAGGAGAAGCCACUGCUCAGAGGACAAGACACCGAGCUGGAGAACUCUGAAGCCUUCCUCUCCACUGUGGACACAGACUGGAAGGAACAUGACAUAGACACGCCAUAUGGCCUUCUCCACGUGGUGAUUCGAGGCUCUCCUAAGGGAAACCGUCCUGCCAUUCUCACCUACCAUGAUGUGGGGCUCAACCACAAGCUCUGUUUCAACGCCUUCUUCAACUUCGAAGACAUGCAGGAGAUCACCAAGCAUUUCGUGGUGUGCCACGUGGAUGCCCCCGGGCAGCAGGCCGGGGCGUCCCAGUUCCCUCAAGGGUAUCAGUUCCCCUCGAUGGAGCAGCUGGCAGCCAUGCUCCCCAGCGUGAUCCAACACUUUGGGUUCAAGUACGUGAUUGGAAUCGGAGUUGGAGCUGGUGCCUACGUCCUGGCCAAGUUUGCUCUCAUCUUCCCUGACCUUGUCGAAGGCCUGGUGCUCAUGAACAUCGACCCCAACGGCAAAGGAUGGAUUGACUGGGCAGCCACCAAGCUCUCAGGCUUGACAAGCACUUUACCUGACACAGUUCUUUCUCACCUCUUCAGCCAGGAGGAGCUGGUGAACAACACAGAGUUGGUGCAAAGCUAUCGGCAGCAGAUCAGCAACACAGUGAAUCAGUUCAACCUUCAGCUCUUCUGGAACAUGUACAACAGCCGCAGAGAUCUGGACAUCAACCGACCCGGGACAGUCCCCAAUGCCAAGACCCUUCGCUGCCCAGUGAUGCUCGUGGUUGGAGACAAUGCACCUGCGGAGGAUGGAGUGGUGGAGUGUAACUCCAAGCUGGACCCUACCAAUACCACCUUCCUGAAGAUGGCCGACUCUGGUGGACUUCCCCAGGUCACCCAGCCCGGGAAACUGACUGAAGCUUUUAAGUACUUCCUUCAAGGCAUGGGCUACAUUGCAUACUUGAAGGACCGAAGGCUGAGUGGAGGCGCAGUGCCAUCAGCCAGCAUGACCCGUCUGGCCCGGUCUCGUACCGCCUCUCUCACCAGCGCCAGCUCCGUGGAUGGCUCCCGCCCCCGGGCCUGCCCCCACUCAGAGAGCAGCGAGGCCCUGGGGCAGAUCAACCACACCAUGGAGGUGUCCUGUUGAGCUCCUUCGUGCCUCCCUGGAGAUACCCCCACUCCCCACAUCAAGUCAUCGAAUCACCAACUGCCAUUCCUGUGCACCUGCCCCCACUCCCUUGGUUUUCUUUUUGUGUGGGUGGGUGGGGGUGGGGGGAGGGAAGGGUUUACAACUUUUGUUUUUUGUUUUGUUUUGUUUUGUUUUUAAAUGUUUUCCAAGGAAGAGAACCACCUUAAAAAAUCACAGCCCACCAGAGUCUCCAGAGCGUUCAGGAAGUUUGGCGUCCCUAUUUAGCAUCUCCACAAGGUCAGGGACCUUUCCUCCCCCCUCCUUGUACUUCGGCUACAGAAAUUUGGGCUUUUCUCGGGGAAGCAGCACCCAUUCUUUUGGUGGACACAGAUGAGACCAGUCCCCCUUGGGGCAUUUGCCCUCCACUGUCAGCUGAGGUGCCCCUUCCCCAGGCUGAGGAAGAUCUGGAGACCUUUAAUGCACUCAGGCUCCUGCCUGAUGGUUCCCUCUCAUAUCCGUUUAGGCCAUUGGACCCAGGACCCUGGGGAAACAUCUCAUGGCACAGGUUUGCUAGGCUCUGUUAAGAUCAGUUUCCCUGACCUGGUUCUGGUCACCUAUCAGUAAAACUUGCCACCAAGGGUCUGUGAAUGUGGGAAAGCACUUAGCAAAGUUACUUCCUUUUGCCCUUCGUUCUGUCUUCUCCCCUACUGGUCCCCCACUCCCCUCUAUCUUGGACCUUUUCUCAAACAGGAAGUGAAAUUAUUGAGCUAGCAGCCCACCCCAGUCGGGGUUAGGGGACAUCUCCAAGAUGCUGAGCAAAAAAUGGGAACGCUUUCCCCUAGUUGGGAAGGGCAAGGUGAGCCUGGGAUGAAUCAGUAGCAGAGUGUUCUGGGAGGAGAGUCAUCAGCAUGGAUCCCAGAAGCCUUUCCUUCCCUCCCAUGCACUUAUAGAUAGAUAGAUAGAGAAAUAGAUAUAUUUUUAAGUCUUGUUGCAUAUAUGACAAUCAACAGUAGCAACCAAAAGUUUGAACUGCACCUCAGCACCCUCUUUCCACCCUAGGCUGUUGGAGGCCAAAGGCACCAUUGGAAGGAUGGCCCCAGGACCUCGUUCCUAGAGGCUGCUCUGCUUGGAUGGUGGCACUUGGUGAUUGUCCUAGCAUGGCGGUAAUUUUUGCCUUGGACAGUUGAGUCCUCUUCCCUAGACAGAUGGGUCCCAAGAUAGGACUUGGGUUCUAGAACAUGAGGUGACUGAUGGAAACCCCAAAAGAGGACUGGGAACAGUAGACCUGGGGGCCCUCAUCAGAUGGACAGUCUUCAGAGGCCUGGCUUGGCUACGUAUGGCAAGGAUACCAAGAGCUUUAGGUCUGGUGGGACUGCUCUGAGGAGGAAGAACUGAGCUGGAGCCAGCCCGACCAUUAGAGGCCAGGCAGAUGUGAUCCUCCCACUAAGGGGCUAACUCUUCCUUGGGUCGUCUCUGUCCUCCUAUCCUCCCUGUCCCCUAGUUUUCUUUUGGGCUAGGUAUGGUGCUGCUGCAUUUAGCCAUCUUAUUCCCUUCACCAUUCAGAUGGGAGAGCAUAGCUCAGUCCCAUCUGGACCGCUUUCUUGAAAUGGGCAUCAAAUCUUGUAUAUAAGGGUUGUCAUGUCAGAGUACAUCCAACGUGGAAGAGAUUCUUUUGCCUAGGAUGUAGUGUGAGCAAGGAGACAGAAUCUGUGACAUCUCAGUCAUGAUCAACUGAGGGCCAAUUGGCCAUGAAGGGACAUUCGGUCUUUCCUGAAUUCUAUUUGUGAUCCGGACAGCUCCUCCUCCUUUGAAAUCUAGACAUCGGGAUGGUGUUGUCCAGUAUUCCAUUGGGGUUAGAGGGUGGCAUCUGGGAAGCAAGGAAGUGAGAAUCAGCUGAGAGUGGAGAGGCCCUUCUCGGCAUAAACCGAAUGGAUCCUUUGGCCAAAGCUGAUCUCAUCAAUGAUCAUCCUUGGUACAUCCUAACGCUUGUCCUGGGCAUCAGAAAGAGUAUGUUGACCAGAAGUACUCUGCACAAGCUGGAUAAUUUUUCUUACUUCCCCUUUCCCCUUUGUCUGGCUAGAAGUAGAUAGAACUAAAGUUGUCUGUCUGAUCAUGGCCUCCAUCUCAUCCCAAACUCCUAGAGCUGGUCUAGGCGGAUGGCUUAUGUCAUGGAAAGUGGGAACAGCAGAGGAGUGGUUUCUGAGCUUGACUAGAGAAUGGGCCAUCGGGACAAUUUGGGCAGAAACUGGAGCUAAAACUCUUCAGCUCAUGUCCUAGAAGCCUAAAGAAGCUCUUCCAAGUCAUUGAAGAGGCCAAACGAAGCAGUGAAAAGAAAAGGGCCUCAGACCCCAGCUCUUGUGUAGUCAUAGGAGAACCAGGGUUUGCAUGGAGGUGCUGGGUGUUCACUAGAACACACACACACACACACCCAGUUCCGCUCCCCAUGCUGUCUGGUUUCAAGAAUGUCAAGCCAUCUUCAUAGUCAUCCUAGAGGUAGCGAGUCCCCUGCUUCAUCCCCAGCACUCUUCUCCUGUGUGCUUUCUUGGAACACUCAAUGUGAAUGUUUGACAAGCUGGUAGAAAUAAUCCUUUUUACUGUAGAUAGUGCAAUAUUUCUUGGGGUUUUGGUGUGUCCUUCAAGAUGAAAUAUCUAUAAAUAUCUAUACAUAUUAUAUAUACAUAUAUAUAUUGGGUCUCUAUCUGUGACUUUCUGUUGGAGGUGGUCCGAUUAUAUCUGUUGGUUCGCUUUCCCCCCCCUUCUUCAGUCGAGGUAAAAUUUCAUAGACUUCCUACUCUGUAAAAGGUGAAGAACCUAUUUUUGUGCAUUGUGGUGGUUGAUGCUCUGAUUCGCAUUGAUACCAUGAGACUCGGAGAGGACAACAAAUGUAAAAUGAAUAGCAACUCUCGUAGAAAGAAUUAACUGUGUUGAAAAACUAAUAAACUAAGAAGAAUACA